AGAAGGCGGGACUUCCGGUAGUGCAGGUUGGACAUAAAGUGACAGACUUUACCUCCUUAAAAUUGGAAGAAAAACCGAAGGACGACGCAUUACAAGUAAUAAAACAAUUGUAAUGAUUUUCAGACAUGGACGACAUAAAUCUUCAUUAUCGCUUUCUGAACUGGAGGAGACGUAUUCGUGAAAUUCGAGAAAAUGAAGUUCGAGCUGUGCGCUACCGGGAGCGGCUCAAGAGAAUGCUGAGAGAUGGAGACAUACUCAGGUAUCAUGGUAAUUCAGAUGAAGUUGGCUGUUUUGUGGCAGCCAGGCCUUUGUCAAAAAGGAACCGCUACUUUGAGGUGACUAUCAUAGACACAGGAGUGAGGGGAAUGAUUGCUGUCGGUUUGGUGCCUCAGUUCUACAAACUGGACCAUCAGCCAGGCUGGCUCCCACAGUCUGUGGCCUUUCAUGCCGACGAUGGCAAGCUGUAUAACGGCAACACUGUGGGGCAGCAGUUUGGUGCUAAAUGCAACCGGGGCGACAGAAUCGGUUGUGGGAUAUCUCUGGAUUCUGAUGAUGGGCAGUUAACAGUGUUUUUUACCAAAAACGGGCACGAGAUCGGCAGUGUUGACAUCCCAGCGUCUCCUGAGGCUCUCUACCCUGCUGUGGGGAUGCACUCUUUAGGAGAGGAGGUGCUGCUGGACCUCAAUGCUGAAUGGGGGGUGGACGAAGACGAUGGACAGAUGAUAGUUGACAGCCAUGAAGAGUACUGGAGCCGCCUCCAUGACGUCAAGGUGACUGGCAUGCUGCUGGAGUACGUAGGCAAAGGGAAGAGCAUCGUGGACGUGGGCUUGGCUCAGGCUCGUCGACCUCUCAACACACGCUUCCACUAUUAUGAGCUGGAAAUCACAGACGCUGGAGAGAAGUGUUACAUUGCCCUGGGGCUGGCACGCAGGGACUAUCCGAAGAACAGGCAUCCGGGUUGGAGCAGAGGAUCCAUAGCUUAUCACGCUGACGAUGGGAAGUUGUUCCACGGCAGCGGCGUCGGGGACCCCUUUGGGCCUCGCUGCUUUGAAGGGGACAUUAUGGGCUGUGGCAUCAUGUUUCCGCGCGACUUCAGCCUAGACGGAGGAGAUGAGGCGGACGACUGUGACCUGGAGGCCGUGUCCAAGCCCAGCAAGGUGCAGAAUGACCUGUACGCAAACAAUGAAGAUGAGGAGGAGGAGGAGGGGGAGGAUCCUGAGGGGAGGAAGGUCAUGGUGUUUUUCACUCGGAAUGGCAAAGUGGUGGGAAGAAGGGAAGUGGCUUUACCCGUGGGGGGGUUCUAUCCCACUAUUGGAAUGAUGAGCGCCGGAGAGAAGGUCAGGGUGGACCUGCACCCCCUCAGUGGCUGAGGCGGGAAAUCAGAGGAAGGACUACUGAUUGCGCUCUUCCAAAUUUUGGAGAUCAGGCAUAAAAUCACCCCCCCCCCACCCGGGACUCCCGAGCUGGGCUCCAGUCCAGCGGCUCCUGUGGGGCGCAAGAAUCACUCCACAUGCUGGCAACACCUUUUCUAAAGACUGAGCUAAAUAAUGUGUCCAUUUUACAUUUGUGCCUAAAUAUGUGCUUUAUGGUGAGAUGAUUUUUAUAUACUGUUAAAAAAAAAAAAAAAAAAAAAGACAACAAAAAAACCUGAAACCAAUCGGAGAUUUAUUGGGCUAUAGUUCUUUAGACAAUUUGAUGAGUGGGAGGUUACAGAAAUGCCAAAAUGGUCUCCCUGGAAUAAUGAAUGUAAAGAUCCAAGUAGAGCGGAGCUGGGCUCACAGAUGGACCCUAUUUAUCAGCAAUAAUAUGAAUCAGUGCGUGUGUGUGCAAGUGUGUGUGUGU